UUGAUUGGAAGUCGAACUUAUGAAUGGAAAGGAAAUGAUGUUUUGAGAUGUAAACAUUGGGAUAAAGUUGCUAUUCGGUGAGAUAAAAAAUGAGCAAAAAAAAAGAGAUACAUAGAUAAAAAUGACUAUUAUUCCAGAUGGCAUGUUUCGAGUUGCUCAGCUGAAACUGGAGAAUGUAAAGGUGGAACAAAUGUGGAUUAUGCGAGAACAUCUCAAAAUUCAACAGAAAUGCCAAUCUGGCGAAAUGCAUUCAGUUAUGUACAAUUACCAAAUAUGGAAAAUGGCGAGAAAAAAUAUCUGAAAUUGGGAUUGAGUGGGUAUGACAAACGGAAAACUGUUGUCGAAUCGAUUUCGCCGCUGAAAAUCGAUGUCGAUUGGAAAUGGCAACUUGAUAAACAUGGAUGUAAUCAUUUCACUGUCAGGUAAUUUUUGAAGGAAAUUUUCAAGAUGUUCUGGGAUCAAGGUUAUCACAUUUUUGAAAACAUCGGAUCGUCUUGAAUAUUUCAAGAUUUCCAAACCAAUUCUUGGGAACUCGUUCUUAGUAUGAUCCUUUAAGUUAGGAUAAAGCACGAUACCAUAGCUACAGUUAUGUCCCUUUAAACUACUUCAAGCCCAAUUCAGAUUUGUGUCUCUAAAAAUCUAAAAUGGUCCUUACCCUUGCCCACUUAACACACUCAGAAAAUGGGACCUGACCAAUCCAACCUUGAAAAUUAUUUCCCUUUUUCCAGAAUGUCUGCGAUGUCAAUGAUCAACCCAGAUCUCCGUAGAAAACUAGAAUCAUUCUGUCAUCAUUUUGACCUCGAUCAUUUCGUCGACUGUAAAAAUCUCUAA